AUGGUUGUGCAUGAAAAUGUAAAGUCCUAUCUUGAAAAGGGUGAAGGCAUUGGACAGGGUGAAGGAGAACUGUCAAAUAUUUUAGCUUUUAGUUACUAUGACUUGCCUUAUCAACUAAAGCCAUGCUUCCUUUACUUGGAAAAAUUCAAAGAAGAUACUGCUAUAGAUGCAGAGACGCUAUAUGAGCUGUGGCUUGCUGAAGGCAUGGUUGAAAUACGUGAGGUGCAGCUUGCAGUUACAAAGUUCAUGUCAUGUCGUGUGCAUGAUUUCACGAGAGAUCUAUGCUUGCUCAAGGCAAAAGAGGAGAAAUUGUACAAGGUUAUUGAGAUUGAUCAAAAUAGCGUUGUCAAUUUAGAUCAAUCUCCACCUGAAAUAGGAGGACACUACAGAUUUUGCCUUCGUUUGCAUGCAGUGGAAUCCUUAUACCCGAAAGUAUGUAUUCCCCUACACAAAGAUCAAACAAAGCAUCUUCGUUCAUUUGUGUGUGAACCAAUGAAUGGAGACAACAAAAACAAAUUUCCAGGGAGGAGAAUCAUGUCGCAAGUUAACAAUUUGAAGAUGCUUAGAAUUUUGGCUGUUGAAAACUCCAAUAUGGCCUCCCAAAGCUUUUAUUCAAGAUCACUCAUGCAAUUUAUAGGCAAUCUUAUCCACUUGAGAUGCUUGAGUUUGAGAGGUUGUACUGAUUUGACCUUGCCAUAUUCCAUGGGCAAUCUAAAGUACUUAGAAACCCUUGAUUUAAGUGAUAGUGAAUGUUCAACAAUCCCCGAUGUGCUGUGGAAGUUGAGACGUUUAAGAUAUCUCUAUCUUCCCUACUAUCACUCCAACCAUAAGCUGAGGUUAGAUGGGUUGGGCAUGUCCCUGGAGAUACUUGGAUCAUUUCACAACAGAUUCUGCCUCCCUAAAGAUUUAUCCAAAUUGACCAAUCUUAGAGCCUUGAAAGCUAUUGUCCAUGAGAAUCUUGAAGACCUAGAGCAAUUCAUCAACCAUUUAUCAAACUUGAGCCCUCUCCGCGUCAGCUCACUUACCAUCAAGGUUCAUGAUUUUGGGAUCAACUCCAACAGGCAGAAAGGUAUGGCUCUUCUUGAACGAGUAUUGUUCAGCAAGAACAUUCAUGAAAUAGAGAUUUGGGGUACUUCAUGCAAGCAGUUACCAGUUUACCGACCAUCCCACUUGCUCCCUCCCCCUUGCCUCAGUAAGUUAGAGUUGCAUGGGUCUGGAGUUGAGGAGGAUCCGAUGAGAAUGCUUGAGACACUUUCCAAUUGCAAAAACUAG